UACAUUAAGUUGUAAUUGGUUUGGAACGAAGAAAAGUAAGGGCUUGUAUAGAAUUGGGACGAAAGCGGAAGCUGCGAAACCAUGCUUCUUUAAUUUCUUUGGUAAAACUUGUGAAGUUAUGAAAAUACUGAUUUCCAACUAUGGGGCAACGCACACUGCCACGCCCUACCACUCCUAGCCGUUAGAUUUCCUUUAAUCUUUCUCUGUCCCCUGAGGUUUAUGAUUCAUUUUGUUACUCGCUAACCAGCACUGGCACUGAACCUUGUUUAGGCCUCAGUAGUGAAAGCAGAGAAGCGUUUGUUUUGAAAGGUAUUUCACAAUGUUGCAAAGAUGGAACAGGGCCUUUUCUCAUCUGUCAAGACUGGGAUCACAGUCACAGAAGAACUUGAAUUUUAGAAAUGAUUUCUAUGUCAUUUCACGUCAAAAUUACAAGAAGGCUGCUGCAACUGUGGCUCCUACUACUACGGCUGAUAACGUGGAAAUGAGAUUUCCUAACGAAACUGCGGUUAAUCUGGAUAAAAUGUUUUGGUCCAAGCCCUGCUCAUUGGCUUUGGAUCCCUCUUCCCCACUGAGAAUUGAAGAGCCAAAAUAUCAAGGCAUUAAGCAUAUUAUGCUCAAGCUGAUGCUGUUUUAUUCCAAACAAAGCAGAUCUAUUAGGGGGGCAAAUGCAGUUUACUCGCGGAUUACCUCACAAGUUGACGAACCUGCAAUUUAUGAAGUGUUCAACUUGGAGAAGACCUUUAAAACAACAUUUUCUUUACUUGUGCUUCAUAUGUGGCUUUGCUUGCGCCGCUUGAAACAAGAGGGAAAAGAAGGUGUUGAAUUUGGGCAGAACUUGUAUGAGAUUUAUAAUCAUGAUGUGGAGCUUAGAGUAUCUCAAGCUGGGGUUAACUUACUAUUGACUAAAUGGAUGAAGGAUUUAGAGAGAAUAUUCUAUGGAAACAUCGUUGCUUAUGAUGCUGCCAUUCUUCCAGAAGCUAAACAGGGUGAGCUUCAAAAUGUCAUAUGGAGGAAUGUUUUCUCAGAUGAUGGUUCAUCAGAGCCAGAUGCUACUGCAUCUCGAACAGUUCAGGCAAUGGCCAGGUAUGCUUCUCGAGAAGUUAGUUGUCUGUCCUUGACAGAUAAAGAGGCUAUGUUGUCUGGAAACUUUAUGUUUACACCAUUGAAGAAUGUGAAGGCAAAACCCGUUUAGCCGAGAUGACACUUUAUUUUUUUGGCAUUAUUUUCAAAAUUUCUGAUAAAUAUUUUUUGUUUCAAUUAAAUAAAUCAUUAUCACUUGAAAGGAAAAUAGUGAUUGUAAAGCCCUUGUAUUGUUUUACUUGCUCACCGUGCCGAUUAUCAUUUGAAAGGGAUGAUAUUUAACUCGCUCACCGUGCCGAUUAUGAGUACGGUGUUCAAGUUGUCUGACUGACCAUGUAAUGAUGGGAUACCAUUCCUUGGUGUGGAGUUCAACUUCUUGUUUAGUUA